AAGGUUAACAUCUUUUUAGAAGUAGGUUAAGUGAUCAACACAUUUAACUAUUUUACUUCUUAAACAAAGAGUCUGUGUAGACCAGUCUCGCAGCAUCAUUUUAUUAUCAGUAGGAGUGAAUGGUAUUUUAAACAUAUUAUCGCCUGAGGUCUUCAGAAGACUUUAUUUUGUCAGUGUCUAUAUUUAAGGCGAAAAUGUCAUAUGCAUACUCUAGAUCAGUGAGACUUGCAAAAAGCCGACUAGAGUCACAUCCAUUAGUACAUAUGUGACUAAUUGUCCUUUUUUGUGGUCACCUAGUGUGACAAAGUGUCGUUUUCUGUUUGAAGGUAGCUCUGGGUAGGUAAAGAUGGUUAUCUGAAAAAAGUUGUAAAAAGCCUUCACUGCAUUUGGUUUGUUCUUCACGCCUCCAGUAUAGUAUAAAUAUUUAUAUUAAAUCAAACAAGUGGGACCGGUUAAGCUUUCCUGUAUAAGUAAUUAAACCACUUGCCUCUAAGAUUACUUCUUAUUGCUUUGAUAUUAUCUGGAAAUCAGACAACUUCUAAUAAGACUCAUCCUUUCUUCUUGUGAGCUUCAGUCAGUGAUUUCGUAGUUGUAGAUUAAUAGAGAGCAUUUGCGAUUACCAUGAUCUUUCUUCGUUUUUAUUAAAACUUCCAGUCGGAUUGUACAUGGAAAACGGUUCCCUGUGAUCUGUGUGAAUAUUAACUUUCACGAUGUUAAUUCCUAUGCUACACAAAGAAGCAAAAGACAACUAGCCAGAUUCUGCUGAUACCAUUAGGAGGAAAUGUGCAUACUCUCCAUGUUAGCCUUGUUCUGUUUGUUCUGAAGUCGGAAAUUCUAGGGUUUGGCUAGUAGAGUUUAUCAUCUGGUUAGGUAUAUGGUUUGGAGAUUGGAAACUCCAAUUUUAAGUUGUCAGCGUGGUUCUGUUUAACCAGGAAUCAUUUUCCUGUGGCUCAUUUUUUUAGCCGUGGUCAUAGUUAAGAGAAAAUAUAGAAUAUGAAAAGUAAAGAUAGUAAGAUGAAAUGCAAAAGAUGAAGAAAAUGCGCGAUGGACAAAAAGACUUUGUGUGUUUAUGAUGGUGUUUGGUGUUUUCCACUCCUGUUUGAAGAAAAAGAACACUCAGUAGUUGUUGCGUUACCAGUGUAUGGCUGCUUAAGGGCAUUCACACAUAGCCUGUCCGGUAGUAGAUUUUGUAGAGUUUCAUCCAUCGUGAUGGUUAAAAAUCAUAGUACUGUUAAUCAGAGUGUAGAAUUUUUGGUGUCAACCAAUUUAAACCCCUUUUGCUCAAUAUGGAAAUGCAACACUUCUAGCUUGCUGAUCUUAGUCAAACACUACUGCUGUUGCACUUUCAUCCUCCAGCAGUACUAAUUCCCACUAUAAAGUAAGUUUCGUACUUUAUAAUGACAAGUACUUUCAGCCUGUUAUCCAAUUAACAUGUGCCAUGAAAUUACACCUAACAUGAUUCAGAAGGUCAUCAUGGAAUGUAAGUGUAUACUGUUUGUUCUAAGUGACCGCAGUCAACAAGUGAUGAAAGGCGCGCAGAUAGAAGUAAGUGCUAUAGUAUGCUAACGUUUUCAGUACUGUUUCUAGCUUACCUACAUAAUUGUUUCCAAUCUGAAUAUAUAAGCUUAACCUUUGUUCAGUAGGUGAAAUCUGAACUGUAGUUAGUUCCACUGGUAUGACAGUGACAUGAAAUAUCGCUAUUUCUCUGUAAUUGGAAUUCAAGUUUUAUUAGAGGCAUCCUACAUAAUUUUUCCAACUGGAACUAAUGCGCGGUUUGGUUACUUUGCUGCUAGACAAGUUAAACUACGACCUCGGUCUUUCUACUUCUAUGCCACUACGAUUCAAUCAUAAAUUUAGUUCAAACAAUUAUUCUGACUGUAAUAUACCAUUUGAAGUUUGCUAUCCUAGUUUUCAUAGUAAUUCAGACGAUGAACUAUUGAAUAAUGCACAGCAUUUUAGCCACUUAAUUGACGUUGUAUUACAGACAGAUUCAAAGUUAUCUAAAAUGAUGUAUCCGUCUGAUUAUCCUAGACCAAGCGAUGUACUUUCGCAUCCAAAAGUUUUUUCACGUUGGCUUUUGUUAGAACAGCAUUUGGCUUCUGAUAGACUAAAAAUUGCCCUGAGAAGUUCAUCAUCUUGGUUUGUUGUUGAUGAAAGUGAAGGGCGACCUCAGUGCGUUGAUUAUUUCAUUGCGAUUCUUCACGCUAUUAGUUCCAGAGGUCGACAGCUGUCUGAUAAAGUGUCACAAGCUAGAUUUGUACAAGUUCAGUUGAAUUUAAUUCAUGAGUUUUACUUCGAAUGCGUUGUAUCGUUGGCCCGCGGUCAACCUGAACUUGAUGCAUCAAUGAAUCGUAGUCCCUAUUCAAAAAGCAAAACUGAAAAAGGUAAUGAAACAUCUAACGUAUUCAGAAGCUUAUUUUCGUCUCAUGGUCGUUCACUUAAUUCUCAGCCCCGAACUAAGAAGGCUUCAGUGAUCAACCAACUAUUUAAAUGUUUUGUUGAUGGUGUUGAAGAUCCUCGAUCUUCACGUUGGAUAUUGACAAUGAAUGCAAUGAAGUGUCUUCAUGAUGUUAUGUUAGAGUGGGCUAACGAUCAACAUUAUGUAACAUUUUGGGAAGAUCUGUCCACUCGUCGGUUGUUACAGUUUGGUGAUCCUUGGUUGAAAGAUAUUGGCUUGAAUACUUAUAAGACUAACAUAAUGGCAUCUGAAUUAAAAGAACAUGAAUCGCAAAAUGAGGCUUUUAAUGAAUCGUGCUCCUCUGAUACUUACCUUGGUUUGCAUGGUGGCGUUUUCACUCAGAUGUUACUGUUAUACAGCAGUCAGAUAAAACGUAUGUUGGAAGAAACAGUUAAAGUGGUAUUAAAAGACCUAAAAGAGAAAUCUUCGUUAUAUAUUCGUUCAUCGGAUAAUUGGCUGUGUGAUACUUCUGAGUCAGGCCAUUUAGGCAAUAUAAAGAGUGAAAAUGCCAAUUUAAUGAUGUCAACCAAUGCAUCAGUGUUUUUUCAUGCAUUACAUGACUGGUUGUAUCAUUUAUCAAUAUCGGUGCAUUGGAAACUUUUUUCUCAUGUAUGGAAAUCAAUAGCAUCUCAAUUGGAUGACUACUUUUAUAAUGAGCUGAUUCUUAUGAAUCGAUUUACUUCUCUUGGAGCUGCUCAAUUACGUUUUGAUCUCACAAACUGUUUGUACUCAUUGUUCAACUUGUACACUGAACGUCCAGAAUCAUUCUUCUCCCAAACUCGUGAUGCGUGUGUUCUUUUAAACUUAUUGCCUGGGACAGCUGAACUCUUAAAAGACACUCUCAAUGAAUCAGUGAGUACUGUGCGAAAGGAUGAUAACAAUCCAUUGGGAUCUCUACUCGAGUUGGGAGUAUAUAGACUGACACCUGAAGAAGCACUUCGGAUUUUGUCCCUACGUGUUAUUGUGGGGUAAAAGAAUAUUUUUUUUAUCUGUUACUAACAUAUGUCUUUCUAACUAUCGUAAUUCAUAACAUUUCUCCUUACUUGAAAAAAUUCUUUUCCGAAAGUGUAAAUAUUGUUUGAUUUUCUAAAAAUUGUUAAUGUUUGGCUGAUAUGCUUAACUGUGCGGUAAUUCAUGUCUUAUGGGUAGGUGAAUUGUAGCAAAUGUUUUUUUUCUACUGUAAAAUUAAUAGUUGGUAAUAUGGUUUCGAAAAGUCAUCGACAAAUAAAAUAAUCUUACCCAGUUGAUUCUGUCAGAGCACAUUACAGACUUAGUUUUAAUACUUCAUGCAAAUCAAUACACAAAACAUGUUUGUUGAAUCCUUAGCUGUGAAAAACUGCUGAGACCUAUUUCCUUUGCUCAGUUUCAGUCAGUUACACCUCUGAUUUCAUCCGAGAAGUUGUGUUGUGUGUUGAUGCAUGCAGUGCAGUUGUUGAGUUUUGUUUUCUAAAAGAAAGUUAGAAUGA